AUGCGAUACUGUCUUAAAAGUAAAUAUGAACGCAACCCCUUGAAAUUACCCUUGUCCCUAACUGAUACACCACAUAGACCAAUGGAACACAUGUUCAUGGAUCUAUACAGCAGUGGAGGCAUAACAUUUUUAUGUAACACAGCUGUUGAUCUUUUGAACGAGUCGGAUAAUGACGAUGACGAUUCACCAUUUUUUGGACCAUCUGGUGUGCCUUCGGACUCCGAACCUGAUGACAACUUAGAGGAGGACUUAGUCGAGGAUACCGACGAAAUUGAAGAUGAUUCGUCGAGUUCUUCUGAUGAAGAUCUAAAUGUUUCCCGGAGAAGCCGUAACAGAAACAGAAUCCUAGAUUCUGAUGAUGAUUCUUUGGAGUGUUUGCAGCCUUGUCCACCCAUAGCUUCUCACCAGGACCUGGUAAUACAACCUGAGAGACCAUACAUUUAUGGAAAAAACAAACAUAAGUGGGCAACUACUCCACGCUCUGCAAACACUCGUGCAUCGGCUCGAAACAUUAUUCAUUUUAUACCCGGACCUAACAGUGAUGCAAGAGAUUUGGUAGAACCAAUUCCAAUAUUUCAUUUGUAUUUAUCUGAUGAAAUGAUUGACCAACUUGUUAUUUACACAAAUGCAGAGAUUGAAAUAAAAAAGGUGAAGUACAAAGAACUCACUCAUACUAUUUCUCCAACUUCAGCUAUUGAACUAAAAGCUUUACUGGGUCUUCUUAUGCAAUCAGCUGCUAUAAAAAGUAAUCAUUUACCCACGAGAAUGUUGUUUGAUGCCAGAAGGAGUGGUAACAUUUUCAAAGCCUGCAUGAGCGCUGAGAGAUUUGAUUUCUUGUUUAAAUGCCUUCGAUUUGAUGACAAAGCUACCAGACAAGACAGAAGAGCAUCCGAUAAAUUUGCACCUAUAAGAGAAUUUUGGGAGAAAUUCAUUGGUCAUUGCAAACAAUGGUACAAGCCAAGUUCCUAUCUGACAAUCGAUGAACAAUUAGUUGGGUUCAGAGGGCGCUGCCCAUUUCGAAUUUAUAUACCCAAUAAGCCUAACAAGUACGGCAUAAAAAUUGUUAUGGUUGCAGAUUCUAAUUCAAAGUACUAUACAAUGCUACGCCUUAUUUGGGUAAAGGAACCAAUUGCGAUAAUAUGCCUCUUGCCACACAUUUUGUGA